AUGGCUCCCUCAUCAGCCCUAGAAAGAUAUAUAUGGCCAGCUUUCUAUUGUGGUUGCGCUGGAGCUGGUUUCAUCAUAAUCCCACUUCUUUGGUGGCACAUGAGUGCUCAGUACGGGAGAAACGAGCAGAACAACAAUUGGGACCCAGAUACCGGCGAAUCCAGUGGAGGACCACGCGUGGAUCCUCAGUCUCAAGGCCCCGAUACUUGGAUGGAAUACCUUUUUGGCAAGAAGGAGAACCCCCCUCCUCUUCCGCCUCGCCGGCCUCAACCUGGAACAGCUCCCGAAGGCCCUCCUCGCCCGGAUCCCGCGGAUGUCCCAACUCCCGAGCAGCGUCAAUCUCAGCCUUCAGGCGUUCCCCCUGAUUCUUCUACUCGUUCUCAUCAACCUCCUCCUCUCCCUCCUUCUCCGACACUUCCACUUCACAUUCCUCGAAAUUUGUCGACUUACCCAUGCCUGGAUGUUGCUCGUCAUAUACCGCUUCCUCCGUCUCGGAAUCUGUCUCCUAUCUCAGAGCGCUCAUCCACUCCUUCUACUCCGUCUCCGAUUCUGUCCCCGAAGCAGCCAUCUACUCCUCCUCCUCCGGUCUCGACUUUGUACCCAGAGCCUCCAUGGGCUCCUCACCAACAAGACCGGAUUGGAUUAAGUCGCAUUCCUCCCCAGUCACCAACUCCUGAACGCCCACCUCGCCCGAAUUCCGCGGAUAUUCCAAAUGCUGGGCAGCUUCAGUCUGGUCUUACCUCUGGCUCGUUUACUUGUCUUCGUCAAGAGGCUCCUAAGUCUUCUUCUCCGGAACUUCCACCCCAUGUUCCUGGAGAUUGGGUUCGUGACGAAGUUCGUGAGACACACCAACCUACGCCUCGUCCUCCGUCUCGCGCUCUGUCUACCAUCCCGGAGCACCCAUCCACUCCCACUCAUCCGUACCAUUCUCCGUCUCGUUCCCCAGAGCUUCCACCUCUUCCUCAGCAUCAGCGACAGGAUCCUCCGACUCACAUUCCUCCCCGGACUCCGAACGUUGCUGGAGAAAACUCUGAUUCGCCUAACCGCCCUGGGACUCCGCCGCCCUCGCAUACAUCCUGGCAGCAAAACUCAUCCUCGCCAGGGUCACCCACUCCCGGUGCUAGAAGAGCAAAUCAGCAACGGGAUCGAGAGCGUCGCAGGCGGGUUGGAGGGCAAAGUCGGCGGUGGAAUCCCUAUCCCCAUCGUAUUGAUUCAAUCCAUCCCAACGAUCAGAAUGCUGCAUAUUGGAGCGAAGAAGACUACUCAGAAGAUGAGCCCGAGGAGGUUGACGACGAGGAUAAGCCCGGGGGUGAUGAUGCCAGGGAUGAACCGAAUGGGGAUGAUGACGACGAUGAGCCCAUGGCCGAUGACCCAGAAGAUGAGCCUGUGACGGACAGCCCAGAAGAGGAGCCCAGGGAGGCUCAGGCCGACCAAGAUGAAGCAUUCCAGCGCCGGCCCUCUGAUGCUCGCAAUGACCCACCCGAGAUGCAACGAACCCGAUUCAGGUGA